AUGGUCUCCAAGAUGUCUAUGCCAGCCAGCGCCACGGACUCUAGAUCCACGGCGCGAGUGUUGACGGACAACUUGUUCGUCGAGAAAGCCUCAGGCCUCACGGACGCUGAAGUGCGUCAGGCAGUAAAGACGUGGCUUAGUGUAGAGGACGACCCAGAGGUGUUGGAGGAAGAAAUAGCAAUGGAACUGCAGGCUGUAGACGAGCAACUGGCCGGCGUAACCCUCGAUGACGAUGUACCCAGCGAAGAGGAAGACGACGACGGUAGGUCAGAGUCGUGCGUGACAACGUCGCUUACAGAGGCCGACGUCCGCUUUCGCCUCGAGGAGUGCCGCUCCUUUUUGAAUGCGAAAGGGAAGGACGGCGAGUACAGCGAAACGCUGUACCUUCUUUCGAGGACUGUGCAUUCGUUCACUCACGAAACUCAAGUCAACCGAAGAGCGAAGCAGGGGGGUGAGGUGCAGGCCACUCUUGGCGAUAUGUGGGGGCGAUAGUUUUUUUUUUCGGGAGCCGGAGGGCAUACAGCGAUGGGCUCUUUUUUUUUAGACUCUAUCNGACGUCCGCUUUCGCCUCGAGGAGUGCCGCUCCUUUUUGAAUGCGAAAGGGAAGGACGGCGAGUACAGCGAAACGCUGUACCUUCUUUCGAGGACUGUGCAUUCGUUCACUCACGAAACUCAAGUCAACCGAAGAGCGAAGCAGGGGGGUGAGGUGCAGGCCACUCUUGGCGAUAUGUGGGGGCGAUAGUUUUUUUUUUCGGAGGGCAUACAGCGAUGGGCUCUUUUUUUUUAUUGCUUCAUCUUCACCGAUAAUUUAGCGUUGAUGUCCAUCUGAGUUUCGUGUGUAGGGUGUUUGUGUCUCUAUCGCUUAGGAGAUACUGAAGUAUCGUGUCAAAGUUGGAACCGCUGUGGUGAAGGAUGUGUCGGUGAGGUUUUCAACAUCAGGAAAACGAGAAGAAAAUAAAAACAACACAGCAGGCAGCAGUCGCCACACAACCGAGAGAGUGCACUGCAGUCAUAACAAAACUAUAUCCCGCAACAACCCACAUGUCGGGAGCAUAUUAUUGCGGGCGGUGGCGCGGUAACUUAAAACAUGGUUUAUAAUAUAUAAAUAUAUAUAUAUAUAGUGCAUUCCACUUUCAACCACGGCUACGUUGUGAGCGGUCAGAUUUAUGGAUCCUCGUUUCGUUAUAAGUUACGUGUUGCAACGGCGCGUCUUUUGAUGUAUGUUAUGCCUCCAUCGGCGCCGGGGGUGGUGCGUUAUCGUCCCCGGAAUCUUAAAGACGAUUCCCCGCGUUAAAGACGCUUUGAAAAAAAAAAAACGCUAUGCGUCUUUAAAGCGGGGACGACUGUAUUUGUAUUUUUUUCAGGGUACACCUCGGUACUAGUUUUUUAGGCGGAUCCAGGCGGGGCGGUACUGCAAAGUGGCGGUAUUUUUUUGGCGGUUGGCGGUAUUUCGUUUUCCGGCGGUACCGCCUUUGGCGGUUCCCGGUACCACCCGAAUGUGGCGGUACUUU